UUUAAAUCCCAAAGGAGGUGGAAGGAAGGGCUGAAAACAUCAGUUGCAAGCCUUGUCUAUGCUACAGGACAGCAUGUUGCGUUACAAAAAUUUUUAAUAUUUUAUUUGGAAGAAAAGCAGUUAUUUUCCCAUGUGAUUCACCACUUCUACAUUUUUCCUGAAAACAGAUUUUUCUGUACUGUGAGUUUUAAUUACAUAAAUUGGAGCAAGAACAGCAUCAUGUCUGACGGCAAGGAGUGGGCCACCCUCAGCCCAGAGGAGUUCACUCAGCUGCAGAAGUAUAUUGACUAUAGCAGCAAGAAAGUGCAGGAUGUGCUGAAGGAAUUUUAUGGAGAGGGUACAUUGUCUCAGCAUCGGCAAGAGGAUUUAAUAGACUUUGAAGGCUUCAAGCUCUUCCUGAAAACUUACUUGGAAGCAGAGGAGAUCUCGGUUGAACUUUGCUGUCACCUCUUCAUGUCUUUCCAGACCACGGCAGGACAAACCACAAAAGAGCCAGCCAGUGGUUUUGUUUGCGUCAAUGACGUCUCUUGUUACUUCUCACUGCUAGAAGGUGGGAGGCCCGAAGACAAACUGGAAUUCACCUUCAAGCUUUAUGACAAAGAUGGAAACGGUCUUCUUGACAAUUCAGAGGUAGAUCGCAUCAUCACGCAGAUGAUGCGCGUAGCUGAAUAUCUGGACUGGGAUGUCACUGAGCUUAAACCAAUCCUGCAGGAGAUGAUGCGUGAAAUUGAUUAUGACAGCAGCGGUACUGUGUCUCUCUCCGAAUGGCUCCGCGGCGGUGCCACCACCGUCCCCCUCCUGGUGCUACUUGGACUGGAGGCGACGAUGAAAGACGAUGGGCAGCACCUGUGGCGCCUGAAGCAUUUUAACCGCCCUGUUUACUGCAACGUGUGUGAGACGCUGCUCUUGGGGCUACGCAAGCAGGGGCUGCGCUGUACUUUCUGUAAGUACAUCGUGCAUGAGCGCUGUGCUCGGAAGGCUCCUCUCAGCUGUAUCAGCACCUAUGCUAAGAACCGCCGUGACACCAACGUGCAAGCACACGUUUGGGUAAGAGGAGGCUGUGACGGCAAUAAGUGUGACAAGUGUCAAAAGAAGAUCAAGAGUUUCCAGAGUCUCACAGGCAUGCACUGUGUCUGGUGCCAUCAAAAGAUUCAUGAUGAGUGCCUACCUCUCAUGACUUCCACCUGUGAUUGCGGGAAUCUUAGAGACCAUAUCCUGCCGCCUUCAGCAAUCUACCCUGUUGUACUGGAGCGGCAGAACAGCCAAAAAAAUGGGACCCCUUCAGAUGAAGCAGCUCAGCCAUUCACUACUCCCGAGGGACAGGCCUUGAGGAUCAUCCCUUUGCCUGACACACACCCCUUGCUUGUCUUUGUCAAUCCUAAGAGUGGUGGAAAACAAGGAGAGAGAGUGCUGCGGAAAUUCCAAUAUCUGCUGAACCCACGACAAGUUUAUAACUUAUUAAAGGGAGGUCCUGGACCUGGCCUCAAUUUUUUCCGAGAUAUACCAAAUUUCCGUAUCCUAGUUUGUGGUGGUGAUGGCACCGUGGGAUGGAUCUUGGAUGCCAUUGAUAAAGCCAACCUACCAAGUCGGCCGCCAGUGGCUGUCUUGCCUCUAGGUACUGGCAAUGAUCUGGCCCGCUGUCUUCGUUGGGGUGGAGGUUAUGAUGGUGAGAAUCUGGUAAAGAUACUGAAAGAUAUUGAAGCAAGUAACAUCAUACAGAUGGAUCGCUGGUCAGUGCAGGUGAUGCCGGAUAACCCGGAUGAGAAAGGAGACCCUGUGCCCUAUGAGAUCAUCAAUAACUACUUCUCCAUUGGCGUAGAUGCCUCAAUUGCCCACCGAUUUCAUGUCAUGAGAGAGAAAUACCCGGAGAAAUUUAACAGCAGGAUGAAGAACAAGCUCUGGUAUUUUGAAUUUGCUACAUCGGAGACUAUUUUUGCCACAUGCAAAAAGCUCAAGGAGUGUUUGUCUAUAGAGUGCUGCGGGCAAUCCCUGGACCUCAGUGGAGCCCUCUCUGGAAUAGCUGUCCUCAAUAUCCCUAGCAUGCAUGGGGGUUCCAACCUUUGGGGUGAGACCAAAAGACCUUUGGGGGAGGCAGCGGCACGUAGCACAGCCGGAGGAGCAGCACAGCCUCAAGUCAUCACUGAAGCUGAAAUCCUGAAGAACUGUGUACAAGAUCUGAGUGAUCGACGGAUGGAGGUGGUGGGCCUGGAGGGUGUGUUUGAAAUGGGACAGAUCUACACAGGUUUGAAGAAUGCAGGCACACGGCUGGCUAAGUGCUCUGAGAUCACCCUGAAAACCUUCAAGCAUCUUCCCAUGCAAAUCGAUGGAGAGCCAUGGAUGCAAGCACCGUGCACAAUCAGAAUAAUUCACAAGAACCAAGCUCCGAUGCUCAUUGCACCGCCUCCCCGUUCCUCCAGCUUUUUUGGCCUGAAAAAGGGACCCCAGGAGACCUAAACGGGGCUUUGUUCCUUUCCAGGAGCAGCUGCCUCCACCGAAAUGCAACUUUGGGUCCUUGGUUGGGGUAUCCUGCUGCUUUGUGCCACAAGGAGAGCCCUGUUCCGUCACCACCCUCCAUAGCAAAUUAGAAGAAGCCAAAUUUCUGUGUAGUACGUACAUGGCAAGGCGAGAUCUGAAUUCUUAGCUUUUGCAACAUACACCGGUCUUGCCAGUUUCCUAGUUUGGAGCAGGAGAACUUGGGCUCUCUGCCCUGUUAGGUUUUGCAGCACCUUGUGAUUUGGUGGUGCCCUCAGGUUUCCUGCCUGUGCUAGUCUCCCUUUUAAUGUGUGGAUGCCAAAUUCUUCCUUUUUUGCCCACUAAAAAGCCUCUGUAGAUUGCUACCUCUUGUUGUUCAAAUUCUGCUCUUUGUAGAUUUUGCUUUUUGCACUUGCUGUAACUACUGAAAGACAAUGGUGGCACCAGCUGUUCUUUCCUUCCCACUCCACUUCCUUUCCUCUUCUUUUUUUUUUAAUUUAUUAUGAUUCCAUGCCAAGUCCUUCCCUGUACAGUUUUCUCAGAAGAGCUUCAACAUGGUAAUAAAGGGCUGGACUUGGA